GGCGGGGCUCAGGUAAACGGUGAGCUGGAAGGUGAAGGCGGAAAUAGAGAAAGACGUAAAUAUCCGGGAAAAAAACGUCCAUGAGGAGUUUUAUGUCCCCGAAGGGACGAAAAUAACAACUGGACCAUGGCUCUAUGUGACCGGCUGUCCCACUGUAAACUGGCGCUGGCCUUUGCUGUCCUGAUGGACUUACUGGGAGGAACCAUUCUGCUGGUGGGAGUCUUCGCCCAUCUGGAGAUUAAAGGACGAGACUACGGAGACUUACUGGUCUAUACUGGAGCUCUGUUCGUGGUCAUGUCUCUGGCCGGCUGGGUUCUGUGGUACAGCGGGAACAUCGAGGGUCUGACGUCCAGGAAGGAGCUCGGACACAUCAGCAGCGCCGUGGAGCGACUCGCCCGGAAUCUCAGCCGCAAGAUCCAGACGUACCGAACCCAACGCUGAGGAGGAUGUUAGCGUUCCUUUCAGUGAAAAGCCUGUGUUUGUCAGUAUUAACAUGAUCUAGAGACACAGAAUCAAACUGAAGUGUUACAAGCAGCUGUAGAUGUGGUUCUGUUACAGUCAUUUCAUUAUUAAUGCUGUUUUUAAAAUGUUUCAAAGUGUUGGAUUAUGACUGAUACGUGGUAAAGCAGUGGUCUCUGGUUGCAUUUCAAUAAAAUACAUUUUUUAAAUCAUAGAAA